AAAAAAACGUGAAUUCCUGAAGGAGAUCUUGCCAGUUGCUUUAGCGUUUGGACCUGUAUCUUGGUUUAAUUGACACAAUUGAACUUUGCAAUGAAUUCCAGCUCACCUGCUUCCAGUGCUCUGGCUCCUAUUAAUAACCAAGGGGGUCCCACUACACCCCGUAAGGGGCCACCUAAAUUCAAGCAGAGACAAACGCGUCAAUUUAAAAGCAAGCCCCCCAAAAAGGGGGUAAAAGGUUUUGGAGAUGAUAUUCCGGGAAUGGAAGGACUAGGAACAGACAUCACUGUGAUCUGUCCAUGGGAGGCGUUUAAUCACCUGGAGCUGCAUGAACUUGCCCAGUUUGGGAUCAUCUAAAGGCAGAAUCGAUGACUACCAUUCUUCUACAGUCAUACUAUAUGUCUAAUGUCAAUUAGUGUAUCUCUGUGUUCUACUGGCAACAAUGAACCCAGUAUUAUAUUGAUGAUAAAUACUAGUAAACUUAUGCAUUGUCUAUCUGGGUUAAACAGCCCCCAUGAAUCUCUUAUUGGGGCAUUACUUGUGAGCGACAGGGGUAUGUGCCUCCUCCACUGCUGUGGCCUAUGAGUCCAGUAAUGCUUACAAAUUCUCUAAGGGGUCAUCUAAGUAGAACUUCACAGCAGAUGGAUGUUCAGGUACCGAGCCCUGGAUAGAAUGUUUUAAUGGGAAUUGGAAUGGCAUUAAUAGAGGAAUUGUCACAUUUAUAUUGGCUCCUUUUUAUUUUUAAAAAUAAGGAACAGCAACAAACAAAAAUGUGACACUUCCUCUUUAAAUACAGUUCUCUGUUGUGUCACUGGCAAAAUAAUAUCACCACCUAGAACAUUUUAAAAAUGUAGUACUGUAAAUUACUUAUUUAUAUAGUAGAUGGAAUAGAUGUUUUUAUGAUUUGUGUAAAGGGUACCUGCCUACGUCACGUGCUACCUCUAGAGUCUAAGGAUAUAGAUAUUGAUCACUUUUAAGCCUAUGUUUUACAGUACAGAUAAAUGGAUUUAAAAUAAGUGUAAUUUUUUUCUUAAUAAAGCUUUAGAAUGUAAAA